CUCUCUUUUACCAGAGUUAUUACUGACGGUUUGUGAAUCCAACACAAAAUUGUCUGAGUGAAUCACGUAUAUCGGCAUAGAUGUUCCGCCAUUUAUUCAUUCCGUUGAAAUAUCCAGAGUAACAAAUACUAAUUAAGGGGAGAAUUAUGUUAAUAUCAUGUUUAAUUUGAAACAGGAAUGUGAACUCAAUACAUAAUAGGAGAUACGUGGAAGUUACCCUUGUGUAUAACUUUCGAAAAUUAUAGUGACUUUUACUAGAAAUUCUGGGGUUUUCAUAAUUGUUGUGUCUGCCCUGCUGGGAAAUAGGAUCACUCAUAUGUAUUGAGACUGAAAGAGACGAAGAGUUUUAGAACGAAAGAAGUCGAUUUUAUUCAGCCAAUAUAGGGCCGUUGUGAAUCAAAAUAAUGGCUAAAAGUUACAGGAAAUUCUUGAAACUUCUGGAACAAUGGCCAGUUGACUCAAGCAAAUUAAACAGGGAUCUUGGGCAGCAUAUCCGAGAACGAGUAAAGGAAUCAUUUAAAACAGGAGAAAUAUAUCCUACAGAUGAGAAUGAAUGUAGCAGAAUACAUGAUAGUCUGAAACGAUUAGCAGACAACCAGUAUGGUCAAAUGUAUCCAAGGAAAUCUAAUUUUUGUGCUUCUGGGUUAUCAGCUGAUGAAUGUCAUGCACUUCUGACAACAGAAUUUCUACAGAAGUUACAGAAAUCAGAACAAGGCUUUUUCUCAAAGUUCUUUUAUACCAAAACAUAACAUUAAGAUGGCUGCAGUUUCAAGAAUAAUUCAUAAGUUUAGAAGUAUGUGUUACUACACACAUGUAGGAAUAUCAACAAGAACAUUUAGUCAAGAAGUUUUAACGAAGGAAAAACCUAUACAUAUCCCAGUUAUGGUUAAUGAGGUACUUGAAUGUCUUAAACCCCAGCCUGGACAAAUAUUUAUUGAUAUGACAUUUGGUGCUGGAGGACAUAGUCAAUGCAUACUGGAAUCUGCUCCUGACAUCAAGCUGUUUGUUUUGGAUCGAGACCCAGUAUCAUAUUCAAUUGCAAGUAGACUUGCUGGCAAAUUUCCUGGUCAGGUUGAACCAUUACUUGGCAAGUUUAGUGAGUUACCAGAAUUACUAAGAUCACAUGGAGUCAGACAUAAUAGCAUUGAUGGAAUACUUUUUGAUUUGGGUUGUUCAUCCAUGCAGUUUGAUGUAGCUGAGAGAGGAUUUUCUGUGAGUAAAGAUGGCCCAUUGGAUAUGAGAAUGGAUGGGUACCGCUUUCCAGAACAGCCCACAGCAGCUGAUGUAUUGGCAAAUGCAAAUGAAGAGGAUCUAGUAAAAAUUCUGAAAGUGUAUGGUGAAGAGAAGCAAGCCAAGAAGAUAACACGAGCUGUGAUAGAGGCUAGAUACACCUUCAAGAAACUAGAGACUACCAGUGAAUUAGGAGAGCUCGUAGCAUCAGUGUGUGUAGAUGAAGAGAGACUGGACAAACUUCAGAGACAUGCCCAUUCUGCAACAAAGACAUUUCAAGCACUCAGAAUAUUUGUAAACAAUGAAAUAAAUGAGUUGAACUAUGGAAUGAUACUAGCCGAGACCUAUUUGAAGGUUGGAGGUAAAUUAGUAACACUAACAUUUCAUUCAUUAGAAGAUCGAAUUGUGAAGCGUCAUUUGCUGGGUAAUGUUAUUGACAAUGCCAUAAACCCUCUUCCAUUGAAAUAUACUAAUCAUUCUCUUUGGUAUGAUAGAAAUGAAAUAGACAGCUUACUUCACUCAAAUUGGAAACUUAUACACAAACAUGUCCUUACUCCUAGUGUGGAGGAAGUAAAUGUCAAUCCAAGAAGUCGCUCAGCAAAGCUAAGGGCUGCAAUUAAAGUAAGAGAUAAGUAGUCAUGUCUAGAUGCAGAAUACUGAAGGUAAGAAUAUUUUUGAAAUACAUAGAGGAAAGUAUUUCCUAAGUGACUUGCUAUAUCUUGAUGACUAUGUUUACUCACAGUAUGUUACAAUAAUAAUUUAGUAUUCUGUAUGUUUUCCAGAAUGUCAGGAUCUGCUUUCUGCGAGUGUCAAUCUGUAGUCUUUUUACUUUCAUUAAAAGUAGAAAAAUAAUUGUGCAAAUAAAGAAUGUUAUAAUUCAUAAACA